CCUAACACCUAAGUCAUUAGGGGAUAGCUGUCCUAUGCCUCAGUGCAAAAGGGAAGAGAGGUAUAGUAGAAGGAGAGGUCAGGUUCUGUUCUAUAGUGAAUCAGAACUUGUUAGAACCUUUGGAUUCACCUAGGAGCAGUUGUUUUUGCCUUCUCUUGAACAUAGUCAUUUGUCUUCGAUGGCCUUUCAGGAUCUCCUGGAUCAAGUUGGCAGCCUGGGGAGAUUCCAGAUCCUUCAGAUGAUUUUCAUUUUGAUCAGCAAUAUCAUAGUGGCUCCCCAUUCUGUACUGGAGAACUUCACGGCAGCUAUACCCAAUCAUCGAUGCUGGGUCCCUAUCUUGGACAAUGACACUGUCUCUGAUAAUGAAAGUGGAAUCCUGAGCAAAGAAGACCUCCUAAGGGUCUCCAUUCCCCUGGACUCCAACCUGAGGCCAGACAAGUGUCAUCGUUUUGUGCGACCACAGUGGCAUCUCCUUCAUUUGAAUGACACUCUUUCCAAUGUGACAGAGACAGACAUAGAGCCCUGUGUGGAUGGCUGGGUGUAUGACCAAACUUCCCUCACCAUUGUGACUGAGUGGAACCUGGUUUGUGAAUCUCAGUCAAUGGACUCAGUAGCUAAAUUUUCAUUCUUGAGUGGUACGUUAGUAGGAAAUAUCCUAUGUGGCCACCUAACAGACAGGUUUGGGAGGAGGUUAGUCUUCAUAUGUGCUUUACUGCAAAUGGCCGUCUCUGAAGCCUGCGCAGCGUUUGCUCCCACCUUCCUCAUCUACUGCUCACUACGUUUCCUGGCAGGAAUUUCUUCCUCAGGUUUUACGACAAAUUGUGGCUUGCUCAAUUCAUUUUCUUUUCUUUCAGUGAUUGAAUGGACAAAACCUGAAUUCCAAGCCUUGGCAACAACACUGUUAAUAUGUUCUGCAGGGAUUGGACAGAUGACAUUAGCAGGCCUGGCUUUUACUGUUCAAAACUGGUACCACCUCCAACUGAUGAUGUCUCUACCAAUAUUUUUCUUACUUGUGCCCACACGGUGGAUGUCAGAGUCAGCUCGGUGGCUGAUUGUGACCAACAAACUUCAAAGAAGCUUAAAGGAACUUAGAAAAGUCGCACACAUAAAUAGAAUGAAGAGUUCUGGAGACAUCUUAACCAUUGAGGGUGUGAGAACCACUAUGAAGGAGGAGCUGGAGGCCUCACAGACAAAAUCUUCUCUGUGGGACUUGUUCCGUACACCCAUCCUACGCAAGCGAAUGUGUCUCCUGUCCUUUGUGAGAUUUUUGACAUGGAUAUCUGUGCUUGGCCUGCUGGUCAACCUCCAGCACCUAAGGACUAAUGUCUUCCUACUGCAGUGUCUUUUGGGCAUAGUCAGCAUUCCAGCCAAUUUACUUGGAAUGGUUUUGCUGAAUCACAUGGGCCGUAGAAUAAGUCAACUGUUAAUCUUAUCCCUGUUUGGAGUUUCCAUUUUGGCCACAGAAUUUGUGCCUCAAGAAAUGCAGAUCGCACGUUUGGUUUUGGCAACUUUGGGAGGCACGUUUUCUUUUGUGGCUGCUGGCAGUACUCUUGUGCAUGCAAAUGAGCUACUCCCCACCACAAUCAGGGCAACUGCUUUAGGAAUCAUUGGAAUUUUUGGAAGUAUUGGGUCAGCCCUGUCUCCUCUGUGUAUGAUCCUCAAGACAUACUUUGCCUACCUACCAUGGAUCAUCUAUGGAGUCUCUCCCAUCCUCAGUGGCCUUGUUGUCCUUCUUCUUCCUGAGACCAAGAAUAAGCCUUUGCCUGACUCCAUCCAAGAUAUAGAAAAGGAAAGGAGAAUCUCCAGACAAGCAAAGCACAAAGAUGCUUUCAUCAAAGUGACACAGUUUUAAGGAACUGGAAUCUGAACAAGAAGCAAGAUAAGAAAACUAUCACUCAGAUUUAUGAUGAUCCAG